CCAUGCGCACUCAGGGCCACUGACCAUGUGCUGAAGUUGGUUGGGCUUACUCGCAUUAGCUUCAGAAGGAAUCUUCUACGGGGACCAUUCGGCGAGGAGGGCCUGAAGACAGUGUUUGUCCGGCGAGGAGGGCCUAAGGACAGUGUUUCUCCGGCGACGUUGCUCUUAACCCCGGCUAAAUUGCAGUGUCUAGCUAAGUGGCAAAGAUAUUGA